GGUGCUCCGCUCAAGAUGGCGGCCUCCGUGUGCGGCCGGGGGCUCGGGCCGCAAGUGCUUUCCUGGGGCCGCGCGCUGCCGGGGGCCUGGCGCGCCCUGCACCUCUCCGCCGCGUGCGCCAAGAAUCGGGCGGCCCGGGUCCGAGUGGGCAAAGGGGACAAGCCGGUGACCUACGAGGAGGCGCACGCGCCUCACCACAUCGCCCACCGCAAGGGCUGGCUGUCGCUGCACACAGGUAACCUGGACGGGGAGGACCACGCCGCGGAGCGCACGGUGGAGGACGUGUUUCUUCGCAAGUUCAUGCUGGGCACCUUCCCCGGCUGCCUGGCCGACCAGCCCGUCCUGAAGCGCCGCGCCAACCAGCUGGAGGUCUGCGCCCUGGUCCUGAGGAAGCUGCCCGCGCACAAGCUCUACUUCCUCGUGGGCUACAGCGAGGCCCUGCUGUCCCACUUCUACAAGUGCCCGGUGCGUGUGCACCUCCAAACUGUGCCCUCAAAGGUUGUGUAUAAGUACCUCUAAGGUACCUAUAAGGGCGCGCUCUGUUCUGCGUCCGGCUCUAGCCUGCAAAGGACAGGGACGUGGGGGAGGGGCGGGGAAGAGGUGGGGCAGCGCGUCCCUCCCGAGUCCGCAGACUUCGCUCUCAGAGCUGCGGCCGAGCACGCGGACGGUCCCUGCUGCCUGGCCUCUCGGUCCGUCUUUACUGUUCAGGUGAAACAGCUCAGACGGGGUUUCCCUGGCGACGCUCAGAGGUCCCAGCAAGGCUGCCACGUAUGAUGUCCCCUCCUAGCAACUUUCAGGCGUCUAAAAAGUCGUGUUAACUACAGUCACGGGGUUUUCACCCUAGAUCUCCCGUAUUUACUCGCCUGGUAGAACUAAAACUUCACCCCUGGACCAGCCUCUCCCCGUUCCCCGUCCUCCGGACCCGGGCAACCCCGGUUCUACUCUGCCUCUUUGUCAACUGUUGACGACUCCACAUAAAAGUGCAGUAUCUGUCAUUUGGAGUCUGGCUUAUUUCAUUCACUCAGGGUUUAUCCACGUCCCCAGCGGAAGGGUGUCCUUAUCAUGGCUGAAUAGUGUUCUGUGGAACGUGUGUGCCACGUCCCCCAUCCCCUGACGGGCACGUGGGCUGUUUCCGUGUCUUGGCCACUGUGACCGACGCUGACAGGAACUGGAGGGCCUGCCCGGCGUUUGCGGUGCUGACCCCGUUGCCCCGGGCAAGCAGGAGAGGAAUUGCUGGGUCACACGGGAGAUGGAGUUUUGAUUUUUGAGGAACCUCCGUACUGCGUGCCCCACAGGCUGCACCAAUUCACGGUCCUGCCAACAGUGUGCGAAAGGCUCCCUCUUCUCGGAAGUGAGUGUUUUAUUCUCAGCGAUGCCCCCAGGCACCUCCUGGGCGGGAGCAGCAGGCCCCCCGGCCUCACCGGGUCGGAAGAGCCCUGCGGGCAGGAGGCCGCGGUCCUGCGGCUCAGACGCGGCCCGCGGGGAGGGCGGGGAGGCGCCCGCACCUUCACCACGGCCGCCCCCGGCCCUGGGAGAUGCAGGCACCCUGGCUCUGUCCCCAGAGCCGCAGAAGGAGCCCGGCCUGCGGGGUCCGCCCCCGGCAGCGGUUUGGUCUCUGACGUCUCGGGCCUCACUGCAGGCCUGAGAGACCGGCCCCACUCCCCCCCGAACCCCGCACCUGGCUCCUUGAUGCCGGUGGACACCGCCCUGCGCCCGACGCACACCUGCCCUGAAGACGCCUGCCUCGCUUGCUCUCCAAGUGGGAAGCCCCUGGGUGGGGUUUCCUGGUGAAAUGAGUUUAAGUUGCUCUUUCAUUUUCACCCACUUUGUCGUAAUUCCAGCCAGACGUCCCUUGUGUAUGGAGGACCCAGGUCUCUAGGAAUAAAGCCCGGUGGUCUGAGCUGUCUCUUCCUUUCCUACCCCGUCCGCCUGACUGUGAUCCAGAAAUAAGCUGGAGACUCAUUUGUAUCUUCGGCUGCAUCUAGCGAGACGGUUAAAUCCACGAUCGAGCAUGUAAAUAAAAC